CGUCGGCCUAACCGUUGUUGUUAGAAAAUGGUGGAUGGUAUAUUUUACCAAAAUAGAACAACUUGAUCUAGUUAAGGUUAAUUAAAUAUACAAAGAAAUCAUGGCCUGCAACAUGACACCUGUUUUCAUCAAAUCUGAUUCAGUGUUAGGCGCUGCCCUUAUGAAUGAGAUUGGGUCAGCGAGAUCUACUCACCAGGAAAGCAGCGUGUAUGACAGGGUUAUGUCCAGGAUACAGAAUGUGUGUACUGAAAAGUCUGUUGAAGAAAAUAUUUUGUUGGGAGUCGAGUUCUGGGAAUCCCUAAAGAAAGGCACACUACAGUGGAUUACAGUGCCGGGUGGUUUAUAUGUGUAUGAUUGUGUACAGGGAUUGGAUUUUGGUUCUGCAGAGGAGCAUGGUAAUUUGAUUUUGCGUCAUGAGUUUUAUGGGCAGUGUAUGGAAGAAUAUUACACCUUGGUCACCACCGUGGAGGUGUCCGAGCCGUCCCAGGACUGGAUAGGGCAGGAGAUGAUCCAAACCCACGUCAGAGUGAUCAAGGAAAUGUUAAAGUUCACUGAUGCUGAGAUCAGGAAUGGACUGGAAAUUCUUCAUGGCAGAGGUGAGGCAAUAACUUUUGCUAGCCUGAUACACACUCUGGGGACGAGGGAAGAUGCUGUGGUAAAUGUGUAUGUUGGGACUAGGAAGUACGCCUUCUCUGCCGAUGUUCAACUGGUCCUCCACGAAUGUUAUGAUUUCUAUGGACGAGAGCCGACUCAAGCCGAGUUUGAUUACCAGUAUAACCGUAUCAAAGGUACGGGCAUAGAGCACCUGAUCAAUCAGCUGGCUGUUAAAGACGAGGAGGUCACCAACAUAAACCGUGACAAGGAGCGGCUCCAGGAGAGGGCUCGUCUCCUUGACAACCAGGUUACUACAGAGCAGGCACGAGCUGUACAGGAGAGAAACAGGGCAGAUCGUCGCCAUAGGGAGAAACUAGAGGCCUUACAGGAAGUCAACACUGCUAUGGAAGCAAGGAACGAGGCCCAAGAGUUGGCUAACGAGGCUGUCGAUGGGAUCAUACAGGAGCAGAACAAAGCCAGGGCACUUAAGGAGACAAUGAGACUCAAGACUGUUAAGUUAGAGCAGGAGAAGGAGGCAGAGAGAGUGAAAAAUGUACAGUUAGAGCAGGAGAAGGAGGAAGAGAGAGUGAAAGCUGAGGCAGAGAGAGUGAAAAAUGUACAGUUAGAGCAGGAGAAGGAGGAAGAGAGAGUGAAAGCUGAGGCAGAGAGAGUGAAAAAUGUACAGUUAGAGCAGGAGAAGGAGGAAGAGAGAGUGAAAGCUGAGGCAGAGAGAGUGAAAAAUGUACAGUUAGAGCAGGAGAAGGAGGAAGAGAGAGUGAAAGCUGAGGCAGAGAGAGUGAAAAAUGUACAGUUAGAGCAGGAGAAGGAGGAAGAGAGAGUGAAAGCUGAGGCAGAGAGAGUGAAAAAUGUACAGUUAGAGCAGGAGAAGGAGGAAGAGAGAGUGAAAGCUGAGGCAGAGAGAGUGAAAAAUGUACAGUUAGAGCAGGAGAAGGAGGAAGAGAGAGUGAAAGCUGAGGCAGAGAGAGUGAAAGCUGAGGCAGAGCGAGAACAACUCCAGCAAUUUUUUGAAGAAGAAAAGCGAAAAAUGAUGGCACAAUUCGAGGCAGAAAAAAGACAGCUCUUGUUAAAGAUGCAGCAGUCGUCGUUGUAUGCGAGGUGAUUGUGGAUGUGUUUGCAAUCUCGCGUGAUAGUUAUUGUGUGUGAGAGUGUGAGGUGAACAAGUUACAAGGUGUACAUAGAGACGGUAGGCUGAGGAAAUAUGUCAGCUCCACACCCCUGACCGUCGGAUGUAAGGUUAUGAGAGUGCCAUUAUUUCAUCAGUUGUGAUUGUGAUAUGAAUGUGAACAAGUAUGUCUGUGAUUUUCAUCUUGAUAUUUUGAAGAAUAUUUCUCCAGCAAUACCAUCUGUAAAUAGUUAUAUAUGUAGCCAUUGCAGAACAUAUACUACAUGUAUUUUAAAUUUAUUUAUUCACAUGAAAUUAUUCCGUGUUAAUUUCAUUUUACUUUCAUUUUCAUCAGUGUAUUUUUCAUGUCUGAAGCCAUGGUAAAGAAUGCACCAUAAUAACUGUAGUUAUUUAAUGGUGAUUUGAUUCAGUUUUUCUGACUGUUCACAACAUGAUAGUGCUAAUAUCAUCCAAACACUAGUGGCAAAUCAUAUUAAGACUUUUUGUUUUCUUAUACUUAUGAAAUUCUUACUUUGACAAAAUAUUGAACACAAACAUUUUAUUAUGUUUUCCUUAUUGAACAUUAAAUAUUGACCACUUUUAAACAACAGUAAACCCUUGUUAUAUUACCACCAUUUGUUUAAGUGAUUUGUUUGCAUCAUAAAGAGGUUUGGCGAUGAAUUGAGGAAAGUGUUAGCCCAAGUUUCCUCUGACCCUGACACCAGACUUAGACAUUUUGACAGAUAGAUGUACCAGACAUCUAUCUGUCAAAAUGUUUAAAGUCUGGUGUCAGGGCCAGAUGAAUUUGGGCUAAGGGAAGUGUAUAAAGAAAUUCUUUAAAAACAAGAAAAAGGGACAUUGUUGGCGGUAAAAAAAUUGGCAAUAUAUAGAGGUUUUACUGUAUAAGCUUUUACACGGUCAUCCAUAUUGACAAAUGGACUCACAGGUAACACUUUAUCAUUCUCCACUGGCAGAGUAGUCUCCCCUUUGUAAGAUAAAUGGCAGCAAUUGUAUGGUUUGUAAGGGGAGGUAACUCUGAUAUGCCCAGGAAAAUCAUUAUGUAAUCAAACUGGGUAUACCAUAGCACACACAUUGAAACAUAGCAUUACACAGUAGAUUUUCUGUCACUGUACACAUGAUUAAGUAUGUAUAAAUGUAUUUAUAUAAUAUCGUUUUUAAAGCUUUUCAGUGUCUUCCACUGCUCUGUACUAGAGAUUUAUUUUAACCAAACUGUUGUCAUCUUUCAAUCUGACAAGUAUAUUACAAAGUUGUUUGCUGUUAGUUACAGAAAUCAAUUGUUAAUUAUUUUUUCACAAACAUGCGUACAUUUAUGUAAGAAUCUUUACGACACGCGUUAACACGUACAACAUGCUACGGAACAUAUUCAUCCCGUUGUUUGUUACAUCACCGACUUUGUCAUCAAACUAAAAGACAUUUUAUGGCAGCAACAUGAUGAACUGGUUGACUAGCAGUAUGUAGGCAGCAAUAUCAUGACCAGUGUAUUAACACAGGGAACUGGACAGUACAUAUCUGCUGGUCAC